CUGUGAACUUAACCUUAAAUUUAAUGUCAAAAUCAUAUGCAAAAUUGCAAAACAAAACACCGGAGAUAUUCGCAAAUAAUUAACAAAAUAAAUUAUGAAGAUUUCAGUGCAACAAGUGUAUACAUCAGUAGCCUGCAACCGUACUCCAGAGAUAGCUGAUUGGAAUAACGAGGGUCUUAUUUGCUACGGCGCUUGCAAUGCAGUAGUUAUUUACGACACGCUUGCCAAAGACAAGGAUCCACUGGCUGUCCUCUGUCACCACAAAUCAACAGUAAACUCUGUGAAAUGGUUACAAAGACCAGACAGCACUUGUACAGAACUGUUGUCAUGCUCCGCAGACAAAACUGCAGCUAUCUGGAGCAUAGACAAUGGUGUCUGGAAGAUAUCCAGUAGUUUGGAGGGACACAAUGAGGGAGUGACCUGUAUCCAUGGAGUAUAUGUUGAUACAAACAGAUUGUUAGUUUACACAGGCUCCAUAGACUCUAGUAUAUGUGUUUGGGAAAGAAUUGAUGGUAACACUACACUGAAACAGAAAAUAAACCUCAACUCUGGUCUGGCCUUAACCCUCCACAGCUGUGUGCUACCCGCUGCCAACAGGCCCAUUCUAUUCUGUGCUCUGGAUGACCACAAAGUGCACAUAUUUGUAGAACAAAGUGACCACCAAUAUCACAGAGUGCACAUGUUGGCAGGACAUGAAGACUGGGUGAGGGGGCUUGAUGUAAUAAAUGUUGACAACAAAACCCUAAUGCUGGCUUCAGCCUCUCAAGACACUUACAUUCGUUUAUGGAAGAUCCAACACUAUGAGGAGAAACCCGUGGUUGGGAUCAAGGUGGAAGAGAAAGUAUUUGAUGCUUACGGUGUGAAGCUGUCGGUGAAACUUGAUGCAGUUUUGGCUGGACAUGAAGGCUGGGUGUAUGGUGUCCAGUGGCAGAAGAUAAUUGAUAAUGAAAACAGUCAACCUAUCUAUCGUCUCCUCUCAUCAUCUCUUGACAAAACCCUCAUAAUAUGGCAGCCGGAGAGUCACGGCGACGCGUGGGUGGAGAGCGUGAGAGUGGGAGAAGUGGGAGGAAACGGGCUCGGCUUCUACGGCAGUCGGUUUGGACCUGACGCGAUUUUGGGCCACGGCUAUAAUGGGUCGCUACACAUAUGGAAAUAUGACAAACAAGUGAACCAGUGGCAGCCCGGCGUGGUGUCGGGCGGACACUUCAGCGCGGUGGAGGACUUGCGCUGGGAGCGCGAGGGCCGUUACCUGCUCAGCGUGUCGCUGGACCAGACCACGCGGCUCCACGCGCCCUGGGUGAGGGCUGACGGCAGCGGCACGCAGUGGCACGAGCUGGCGCGCCCGCAGGUGCACGGCUACGACCUGGCCGCCGUCGCGCUCGUGUCGCCCGCCGCCUUCGUGAGCGCCGCCGAGGAAAAGGUGCUGCGAGUGUUCGCCGCGCCGCACAACUUCAUACACAACUUCAACAACAUCACGGGGGAGACACUCGUCGGGGACGAUGCCAAGGGUCCGGAAGGAGCGUCAGUGCCGUCACUGGGGUUGUCCAACAAGGCGGUGUUCAGUGACGCAGACACGUCCAACGCUGGUGAUGACAACGAUGGAUACUUCGUGCCUGUAAAUCUACAUGAGCCGCCGACCGAGGAGACUCUGAUGCAGAACACGCUCUGGCCGGAAGUGCACAAGCUGUAUGGCCACGGCUACGAGGUGUACUGCGUGGACGCCAGCGCGGACGGCGCGCUCGUCGCCUCCGCCUGCAAAGCCACCACACCCGAACACGCGGCAGUGCUCAUAUGGGAAACUAAAACCUGGCAACAGAUCCAAAAGCUGACAUCACAUCAGCUGACCAUCACCCAGCUAGCCUUCUCUCCGGACAGCCAGAAGUUGCUGUCAGUGUCGCGCGACCGAAGGUGGAGCUUAUACCAAAGGGAUGUGGGUGCAAAUUCCUUCACCGUGGCCGCCAGUUCUGACAAGAAGUAUGGAGUACACACCAGGAUCAUUUGGUGCUGUGCUUGGGCACCAGACAGUACUGUGUUCAGUACGGGCUCUAGAGAUGGAAAGGUAUGCGUAUGGUCUAAAGGAGAUACAAUCAGCGAAUCCUCACUUAAAGAAUACAGUUUAUUGGGAAAUACUCCCGAGCACCAUACCACUUUGGGCCCUGCAGGAAAACCUUUAGAGCUGACUAACUCGGUGACUGCGCUGGCCUUCGCGCCGCUGGACGGGGACCUCAGGCUGGUCGCUGUGGGGCUCGACUGCGGCACCGUCAGGAUAUACCAGUUCGACCUCACGUGGAGUCUGCUGCACGAACUGGAUCACAGUAUGGCGCACCAUUUGACUGUAAAACGACUCUUCUUCCGACCACGACCACCCGGUGAGGGCGAAACGAAUACAGAUAUGUUACUAGCCAGCUGUGGUACUGAUCACUUUGUUAGAAUAUGCUCAUUAAAUAUAUUGUAAAUAUCAAUAUAAAUAUAAUAUAUUUUUACUA